UCCACUAAUGUUCACUCAAUCCAUGAUGGUUAUCGAGAAAGGAGCAAGAAAUUGGUUUGUUUAUGAGCUGAUGCGGAAGUAAUCAGAUCCAAUCCCAAAGCCUGCUAAUUUCUGUCAAAAAAGAUCAUCAUUUUUAUCGUUUUUUGGGCUUGAGGGAACUGAAUUCAGAGGAGUUUGAAGUUUUCAUUGGAUUGGGCAGAAACCCUAAUUUUGUUGGAUUUAAUUGUGAAUCCUUUCGGACUUGAUUCAAUAGUAUGUUGGGGGUUUUGGGAAACCCUAAUUGGGCUCCCCAAUUCGGCUAAUUGUUGGUACAAUCGCUGUAGUAAACAGAAUUUCCGAAUUUUUCGCGGAGUUGUGGAAAUUUGGGCGCCGUAGUAAACGGCAAUGGCGAAGGUCUCGAUCGUCGUUGCGGUGUUGUGGAUGGCCAUUUUCGGCGGCGCAGCAGCUGCUGCAAUUCCUGAAUUAGGCUCUGCGCGAGUGGUCUUUCAGACAAAUUUUGGGGAUAUUGAAUUUGGUUUCUACCCCACUGUGGCACCAAAAACUGUUGAACAUAUUUUCAAGCUCGUUCGAUUGGGCUGCUAUAACACAAACCAUUUCUUCCGGGUAGACAAGGGCUUUGUUGCUCAAGUAGCCGAUGUUGCUGGAGGAAGAACUGCCCCGAUGAACGCAAUGCAGAAAUUGGAAGCUGAGAAAACUAUUGUCGGUGAAUUCAGCGAUGUCAAACAUGUGAGAGGUAUUCUUUCAAUGGGAAGAUAUUCUGACCCGGACAGUGCGCAGUCCUCAUUCUCUAUUCUCCUCGGAGAUGCUCCUCACCUUGAUGGACAGUAUGCCAUAUUUGGUAAAGUUACUAAAGGCGAUGAAACGUUGAGAAAACUUGAGCAAGUUCCUACCCGGACAGAAGGGAUCUUUGUAAUGCCAACCGAGCGAAUUUCUAUUUUGUCUUCUUACUACUACGAUACUGAGGGGGAGACUUGCGAGGAAGAUAGGAUAACACUGAAGAGGAGGCUUUCUGCUUCAGCUGUUGAAAUCGAGAAACAGAGAAUGAAAUGUUUCCCAUAGCCUAGUUGGAGGUGUUCGACCAAGAUUAAAUGGUCGCUGUGCAAUAGAUUGCUGUCCAUGCAAACUUCAUGCUUGAAGCUGUCUGAAAUGUCCCGUGUGCAACACAUGCCGGGAACACCUGCAAGAAUUGCUCCUUAUUCCCGGCACAAUACUUUCCAAAGAGUGUAUCAUUGGUGCAUUGCUGUAAUAACUAAUUUCAUGUUUCCAUUCAAAAAAUUAAAUUGCUGAGAAUGUAUUUUAUUAAUGGGUACAUUUGUCUUUAAUGCCGUAAUCUUUAGCUCUCUUAUGUUAGUUUCA